AUGUCAACUACUGAAGAAAAACUUCAGAAGGCAGAAAAGGAGUAUGAGGAAGUGAGGGAUAAGUUGAAUGAAAAAGAGAAGAGGUUGAAUGAAUUGAGGAGGGGUGCAGUAAAAGAAGAUUAUAAUGGUGAAAAAGAGAAUUUAGAAAAAAAGGAAUCAUGGAAAGAAAAUGAAAUGAAAGAACAACUGGUUGCUGAAUUUCCCAGUAAGCAAAUAAAAGUUGAUGGUGAAGACCUGUUGGGCUUUUGGAAUGCUUUAAGAACUACUACAAUUGGUGAAAAUGAUGAUUUUCUCAAACUGCCUGAUAAUAUCCACUUUUUGGGGAAAAGUGAUGAAGCUUCAAUCUUAUUUAUUUGUAAAUGUUAUUGUGACCUGUUCAAGGUUGUUUUUAGCAAUAAUAUGAGAAGAUUGAUUAUCACUGGAAAUCCAGGGAUUGGAAAAACGUUUUUUAGUUACUAUAUACUUUAUGAGCUCAUGCAAAAAAACACAACAGUUAUAUAUGACAAAGUUAAUAACUUUCUGAUUUUAUUCAACAAUAAAACUGUUGUUGUUGGUGAAAAUCUAUUCAGUUUUUAUGAUCAUCUAAAUAAACAAGAUGUCUGGUAUAUUGUAGACAAUAAAGAACCUCCAAAUGUUAAAGCUAAGACAAUUCUUGUCUGCUCACCAAAGAAGAAUUACUAUGUAGAAAUUGAUAAGUGUCCUUUAAUAACAACAUGGUAUAUGUCAACAUGGGACAGAAGAAAGAUUGAUACAUGCUGGGAAGAGAUUUAUAAAGACAAAGUCAAUAAAAAAACGGUUGGUGAUUUAUUUUACAAGUGGGGAGGAAUUCCUCAAUUCAUCUUGGAAAAAGCUAAUGAAGCAACUCAGCUCAAAGAAGCAAUUGUUGCAUGUGAUGAGAGUAUACUUAGGGCUUCUAUUGGCAGAUCUGAAGCCAAACAAGAUAUAAGCCACAAUCUUAUUCACAUCAUGACAAAUCCCCUGAUUGAGGAGAGCAAUAAUUACAGUCUUGAAGGAAAUGAUGGUCUUGAAGAAGAUGAUGAUGAAGUUGAAUAUGUUGAAGAGGAACCUUAUAUGCAAAAAAUUAUAAAAUUUGCAUCUGCAUAUGUGA